CUGGUUGGGAUAUAAAGACGAUAUAUUUCACUUUUUGAUUCGAGUGAUUUGUGCGCGCGCUACCGCGAGGGGAUGCUUUUCAGGGUGGGGGUGCAUAUGGGCGCACAACACUGGGUUUAAAGAGCUUGGAAGAGUCCUUGAACGUGAGCUUGUCAUUAUAGAAACCAUUAGUAACAGUCUAGGUAGAUAUUAUUUAUUUGGCGCCGACAAGGUUCGGGUUUUACGUUUCCUUACCCUGAAGCCAGUCAUAACUGGAUAUAUUUUGCUUUGGGCGUUCUUAAAAAGCAUCUCUGAGCGAGCAUCCAUUCCUUUCAUUGCUAGCCAGCUAGCAUUGGUUUACAUCAGUGAAGACAGUGACAGCACUGCUAACAGAGGCCCUCAACAAUAAGCCACUAAAAUGUCGGGGUACCAGGGCAAGAAAAAUAUUCCCAGAAUUACAAGCGACCGUCUCCUUGUCAAAGGAGGGAAGAUUGUGAACGAUGACCAGUCUUUCCUGGCUGAUAUCUACAUGGAGGAUGGGGUCAUCAAGCAGAUCGGAGAGAACCUCAUUGUUCCCGGCGGGGUGAAGAUCAUCGACGCCCACGGGAGGAUGGUGAUUCCCGGGGGCAUCGAUGUGCACACCCGCUUCCAGAUGCCCGACCGGGGCAUGGUAGCAGCUGACGACUUCUACCAGGGCACCCGGGCCGCCCUGGCGGGAGGAACCACCAUGAUCAUUGACCACGUGGUUCCAGAGCCGGGUGGGAGUCUGGUGGCGGCUUUCAGCCAGUGGCGGGAAUGGGCCGACAGCAAGACCUGCUGUGACUACGCUCUGCAUGUCGACAUCACUUCCUGGCACCAGGGUAUCCAGGAAGAGAUGGAGAGCCUGGUUAAGAAUCAUGGUGUCAACUCUUUCCUCGUCUAUUUGGCUUAUAAGGAUGUUUUCCAACUUUCCGACUCUCAGAUGUACGAGGUGUUUGGUGUCAUCCGAGACCUGGGAGCCAUCGCACAGGUGCACGCGGAGAAUGGGGACAUCAUCGCAGAGGAGCAACGUAGGAUCCUGGAGCUAGGCAUCACGGGGCCUGAGGGCCAUGCGCUGAGCCGUCCUGAGGAGGUGGAGGCUGAAGCAGUCAACCGCUCAGUCACCGUGGCCAACCAGACCAACUGCCCCCUCUACGUCACCAAGGUGAUGAGCAAGAGUGCCGCUGAUGUCAUAGCCCUGGCCAGGAAGAAGGGGGCUGUGGUUUACGGAGAGCCCAUCUCUGCCAGCUUGGCCACCGACGGCACCCACUACUGGAGCAAGAACUGGGCAAAGGCUGCCUCUUACGUCACCUCUCCUCCCCUCAGCCCCGACCCCAGCACCCCUGACUACCUCAACUCCCUCCUCUCCUGCGGGGACCUGCAGGUGACGGGGAGCGGACACUGCACGUUCCACACCUCCCAGCGCGCCGUGGGCAAGGACGACUUCACCCUCAUCCCCGAGGGCACCAACGGCACAGAGGAGAGGCUGUCCCUCGUCUGGGACAAGGGCGUCGUGGCCGGCAAGAUGGACGAGAACCAGUUUGUGGCGGUGACCAGCACCAACGCCGCCAAGAUCUUCAACCUGUACCCGCGCAAGGGCCGCAUCGCCGUGGGCUCCGACGCCGACCUGGUGCUGUGGAACCCCGACGCCAGCCGGGUCAUCUCAGCCAAGACCCACAACCUGGCGGUGGAGUACAACAUCUUCGAGGGCAUGGAGGUGCGUGGCGGCCCGCAGGUGGUGAUCAGCCAGGGGAAGAUGGUGCUGGAGGAGGGUACCCUGCACACCACCGAGGGCUGUGGGCGCUACGUGAGCAGGAAGCCCUUCCCCGACCACGUGUACAAGAGGAUCAAGGCCCGCAGCCGGCUGACGGAGCUCCGCGGCGUGCCCCGGGGGCUGUAUGACGGGCCCGUGUGCGAGGUGACCGGCACCCCCAAGGCCAUGACCCCGGUGUCGUCGGUGAAGACGUCCCCCGCCAAGCAGCAGCAGCAGCAGCAGGCGGCCGCUCCCCAGCCGGUCCGCAACCUGCACCAGUCUGGGUUCAGCCUGUCUGGUGCGCAAGUCGACGACAACGUUCCACGCCGCAGCAGCCAGCGCAUCGUGGCUCCCCCUGGUGGCAGGGCCAACAUCACCAACCUGGGCUAAGCUGCCCCGGCGCCCCGAGCAGAGAGGCAAGGAGGGCAGGAGACCACCACCACCACCCGGGGGACAGUUCA